GCUCCCUCCCUCCCUCCCUCCCUGGGCUCCCAGCUUCAGUGAGCAGCUCUGGGCACAAGGACAUAAACUGAGCUCCUGCCUCCACCUAAUAGUCUCCCUCAAACAUUUCUGCAUUUAAGUUCCUGAGCAGUAUUACUGGGUACCGGCUUCAGUCCCUGGUGUAAUAGAUACAGUAUUUAUUUUACAUUUGCCCUGUCAUUUAUCCAUUUUUUUUUGCAAGAUCACUGCUUUGUAAACAUAAUAAUGUAUUGCCCCAACACAAACCUGUGUUGCCUUGUCUUAUUUGGAUUUCUGGUUUCACAUCACCUUUCCACUGCAACUUAUGACAAAUCAACUUGUUCUACCUGCAAAAAUAUAGUCAACAAUUUUCUAAAGGGCAUAGAAGACACUACCAGAAAGAAUUUUGGUGGCGGGAAUACAGACUGGGAAGAAAGAAGAUUGUCUAAGUAUGAAUUCAGUGAGACGCGUCUUGUGGAAAUAAUUGAAUCCCUGUGUCAGAAUUCUGAGUUUGAAUGCAAUCUGAUGGUGGAAACAAAUGAAGAGUACAUUGAGAACUGGUGGUUCAACAUGCAGAAAAAGAACCCCAACUUGUUCCUGUGGUUCUGUGUGGAUACCAUUAAAGUUUGCUGUCCUGCAGGAAGCUAUGGUCCAGACUGCAUUGGUUGUCCUGGGGGUGCUGAUAGACCUUGCAAUGAGCAUGGCUCGUGCGAUGGGGACGGGACCCGAACUGGUGAUGGUUCUUGCAGCUGCACCAAGGAAUAUGAAGGAGCAGAGUGUCUCGACUGCACUGAAGGAUACUACAGUGAAUUCCAAAAUGAAACCCAUUCAAUCUGCACAGCUUGUCAUCCUGGAUGUAAAACAUGCAUUGGUCCUUCAAACAGCCACUGCACCAUAUGUGCAAGCGGCUGGGUAGAAGAAGAUAGUGAUACUGUUCCUGACGGAGUUGUCUGUCUGGAUGUUGAUGAAUGUGCGGAGAACUCUCCUUGUGAGCAACACCAAUACUGUUCUAACACAGAGGGGUCCUACCUCUGCAAAGUCUGCAAUGAUGUGUGCGACUCGUGUACUAGCGAAGGUGCCGACAAGUGUAUCAACUGCACAACUGGAUACACGAUGGAGGAGGCGACAUGCGUAGAUAUAAAUGAAUGCAGUCUCACUGUCAUGGUGUGUACGCAAGAAAAUGAAGCCUGCAUUAAUACUGAAGGCAGCUACAAGUGUGUGUGCGCGGAAGGCUAUGAAGACCGAGAUGGACUCUGUGUGGAAGGCAAAGUGCCAGAAGAUGUCGAACAUUCUGAAGGGCGACAAACUAUGGAAGAUGAAACCGCAACAGAUGUUAAUCCCCAUGAAGAUCUUUGAUCCACAAUUCAAUUUGAAUAUAUUGGUUUGUUCUGUGUCAGGAUCUGAGGAUUCCAAAUGAAAGGGAAUACAGUUGCCUUAUUAAAGACUUGGGCAAGUGAUUUUUAUCCCAAAAGAAAUCUCCAAUAUGUUGCCAACGAGAUCUGUUUACAUGACCAAAGCAUCAAUUCUUGUCCUGUUGCCUGCCUCAACUUCUUGCGUCAAAAUGUUCUUGGGACAUUUACACUGAACGUGGUACACAUUUGAAUUCUGUGGUUUCACUUUGUCUCUCCUUUUAUGGGAACAUAUUUGUCAAUAAAUACUUUUUGUAGUUUC